AUGACUGCCGUUGCAACUCAGGACAAUGCAUUUGGCCGCGUUGGGAUCGCAGGGGGCCUGGCGAACUCUACAGUUGCUGCCAGCACCAUGGACCCAGAGCUACUAGAACUUAUGAUGAAGCAAGGAAUGGACCCGAAUGCUGUCCAUGAUUUUCAAAAGCCCAAUCUAGAAUGGUUAGAGGAAAUGCGACGCCUACCGUUCAUAAAGUCAAAAAUGCCACCAGGUGACGAUGUUCCUGGAAUGCGUCGCUGGGUACAAGAGCUGUUCACGAGUGAAGGAUAUAAUAAGGAGAGGACUAGAUUUCGAAGUCAAUUCCCGCAAGACUUGCCAAAAGUCAACAAGAGCAUUGUUACAGUGUCACCUCCAGGACAAAAGGAUGAGAGCUUUGACCUCUGGAUUUAUGAAUCUCUACCUAAUGAGAAAUCUUCGGGUUCCACGCUCAGGCCAGCAAUACUUAUGUUCCAUGGUGGAGGGUGGAUUCACGGCAGUCCGAUUGGCGAUGAGGUUUUCUCUGAGCUACUCGUAGCAAUGUUAAAUGUCGUGGUUAUUGGUGUCGAUUACAGACUUGCUCCUGAGCAUCGAUUCCCAGCACCAGUAGACGAUGGCAUGCGUGCAUUGAACUGGCUGUCCGAUCAUGCACCGCAAUACCAGAUCGACACUACGCGUGUUGGUCUAUUUGGUGCUUCUGCUGGGGGAAACAUUGCGGCAGCAUGCGUGCUCAAGUCUCUUGAGGUUUCAACAGCCAGAGACUGGGUUCUGCGCCUUGUCAGUCUUGUAGUGCCCGUCACUGCACACCCCAAAGCUGAAGCCAUGUUUGAUGAACAACGAGAGAUUGAGCAGAGUCCGAACGAGAGGGUGUUCGCAAGUGCACCCCAACUUCCAGAAAUUGUCUCGAUAGAAUUGACUAAACUCUUCGGGCUGUACGGUGGAGAGCAGCUAGAUCCCUAUGAUCGAUAUGCCUCCCCUCUUGGCUCGAAAAAAGUAUUCGAUCAUCCUCCGACUUUAAUGACAAUCGCAGGCUGCGACUUUUUACGACCACAAGGGUUAAAGUAUGCGCAAUUCUUGCGUUCUGCUGGAGUCCAAGUAGAGGAAGACAUUCUCCGCGGCGUACCUCAUGGAUUUACUUUUGCUUUGAACUCUGAACUUGUACUGGGUUGGUUCGAAAGGCAGGUGGCUGCCUUCAGAAAGGCCUUUGAUAUCUGCUAG